AUGGUGUCCAUACAGAACUGGAUGAGGUGCUCCCCGGCAUGGAUCUUUUUCUGCUUCUGCUGUCUUCCUCUCCUUCUCCUGGCCCUCCCCAUGCCUCCAAAAGGAGCAGGAGUUGCUCCUGCCAGUCACUCCUGCAGACUCAGAAAGAUCAGCUUCCAGGAAUCCUACAUCAGGAAUCGCACCUACACGUUGGCCAAACUGGCUAGAAUCUCGGACCAGGACACAGACAACAGGCUCAUUGGACAGCAGCUGUACGUUAAUGUCCAGGAGACUAAUCGCUGCUAUGUAAUGAAGAGGGUAAUAGAGAUCAUAGUGAAUGAAGUACUUCUCUCUGCACCCAGGAACCAUUAUCCACACAUCCAGGAGGUGGCACAGUUCUUAGAAGCUCUGAGCAAAGAGCUAAGUGGCUGCAAAUUCUCAGGACACAGAGAACAUGUCGAAAAGAACCUGGAAGAAAUGAAAGACAAAAUGAAACAGUUGGGAGUUAGUGGAAAGAACAAAGCAAUUGGGGAGCUGGAUUUGCUCUUUGAUUACAUGGAAAAUGCAUGCACUGAAGCACCGAAGAGAAUUGCUACUAGUAAGGGAGGAAACAAGAAGAAAAACUGA